GUGUCAAAAUAUUGGUAAUUACUGAAUCUGGGUAAUGGGUUUAUAAUCGUUCAUAUAUUUCCAUAGUUUCUUCUAAGUUUGAAAUUUUUCAUAACUUUUUAAAACAUUUAUAAGCAUUCUAUUGUCCAGAAACUUCUAAAAGGACUCUAAGGACACGUAGAAAAAUGAAGUACAAAAAUUAUAAAGCUGGCAUUUCUAGAUCUAUUCUUUUAUACUGCUAGUCAGAAUUCCAUCUAAUUUAAGAGCAUUUUAAAAUGAAGACCCUACUAAAAUUUAUACCAAGUGAUGACUCAUAACGCUUUAUUCCAAAGCAACAAAUGCAUGUGCCCAAAAGACAUGCAAAAACAAGUGUGCCUUUCACAAAAAAAAGUGGCCUUUUCCCUCCUACAAAUUUUUAAAACUCACGAUAUACUUUAAUGUCUUAAAGACUUUUUUUAAAAAAAUUAUUUUCCCUCUAGGGAAAACUAUAUCAUAAGAAAAGAGCUCAGCAAAAUUUCUGCAAAUAAUACAUAGGUAAACUACAGAGUAUUUCUUUUGGCCAAAAGGACUAACAGAGGAAAAUAAACAUUUUCAAAAGCAUUUUGGAACCUUUUUCCAGCUAAAUCUGUGCUCAGCUCUCUUUUCCCUCCCAAGAUACGUCACUUAACUGUCUGCCAAAACAACUCUAGCCCAUUCUACCUGAUCACAUUCCAAAGCUGCAGCUUUUCCUGGAUUCACUUCUCAGUGAUAAGCUGCUUGCUCAGAGAGCACCUAUCAAACCAAAUGUGAUCAUCUGUUCCUUCCUUUUCCCUUUCAGGGCAUAUUGCUGUCCAUCAGGAGAAGUAAUUAAUGGGUGUAUUAUGUAUGACAGCGUCAUCCCAUCAGCGUGCUGUCUGGUUUGAACAGCUCAUAUCAGCUCUUCAUUCAUGCCAAGUAUGCUCGCUGUCCAGAGAAAUGAUAAAGCUGUACUUCCUUUUGGAUUUUUCCCUCUCUAUUCAAAAACGGUAUACCAGAGCUAUGUGUUACAGAAGCACAAGGAGGACAGAAGAAAUCCCAUCAUCCUCUACAGAAAAGAAUCUAAUGGACUGAAAAGUUGGUAAAGGGAAAAACAAGGAAAGCAAGAGAAUACAAGAGAUCAUCAAUGCUUCUAGUCCAGAUAAUUUCUUAAAGCAACCUGAUUCGGGAGCGUGUAAAAUUCUGAAAUAUGGACAGAACUUUUCCAGAAGGUAGAACAUCUAUAGAAAGAACCAGGAUUUCUCACUGCUGAAACAUACAAUGAAUUUUUAAUAAGUUCUGAACACUCAAGUUGUCCGUGGUCAGAUCAACUGCAGUUAUCAGAUAAAGAAAGGCAAAAUUCACCCUCUAUUCUAUAAUCCUAUCCAAAUGGAAUCCUCAUCUGUUGCAUGCUGCCCUAACUAAUGCUACAGGAUUACCAGGAAUACAGAUAUAGAGACACUGCAAGAAAUCAAACAGUGGUAAAACACUAAAGGAAGUAGAGAAGGCAUUUCAGGUAUCGAAGCUUACUAUUUCCAGCCAGAGUUAAAAUUACUGAGCUUCAAACAAACCACUGCCAGAUGCUGUCCGAAAAGAGGUGAGAUAGAAAAGAGAACAGUCUAGAACCUGGCUUACUCCUAAUGUAAAUUCUUUCACCAGGAUGGAAGAAGGAUCUUACCACAAUGCAACUACUGUCAACGGUACCCCAGUAAAUCACCAGCCUUUGGAACGCCACAGGUUGUGGGAAGUCGUCACAAUCGCAGCUGUGACUGCUGUGGUAAGCCUGAUCACUAUUGUGGGCAACGUCUUAGUCAUGAUCUCCUUCAAAGUCAAUAGUCAGCUGAAGACAGUUAACAACUAUUAUCUGCUCAGCUUGGCCUGUGCAGAUCUCAUCAUUGGGAUCUUCUCCAUGAACCUCUACACUACUUACAUCCUCAUGGGACGCUGGGCUCUCGGGAGUCUGGCUUGUGACCUUUGGCUGGCACUGGACUACGUGGCCAGCAAUGCUUCCGUCAUGAACCUUCUGGUGAUCAGUUUUGACCGUUACUUUUCUAUCACAAGACCCCUGACGUAUCGGGCCAAGCGUACCCCAAAGAGGGCUGGCAUCAUGAUUGGCUUGGCCUGGCUGAUCUCCUUCAUCCUCUGGGCCCCAGCGAUCCUCUGCUGGCAGUACUUGGUUGGAGAGCGAACGGUACCACCAGAUGCAUGCCAGAUCCAGUUCCUCUCUGAGCCCACCAUCACUUUUGGCACUGCCAUUGCUGCCUUCUACAUUCCCGUUUCUGUCAUGACGAUUCUCUACUGCCGAAUCUAUCGGGAAACAGAGAAGCGGACCAAGGACCUUGCUGACCUCCAGGGCUCUGACUCCAUGGCUGAAACUGCAAAGAGAAAGCCAGCUCACAAGGCUCUGCUCAGGUCCUGCUUUAGCUGCCCUUGGUCCACACUGGCCCACAGGGAAAGGAAUCAAGCUUCCUGGUCAUCCUCCCGCAGGAGCACCUCCACCACUGGGAAGCCAUCCCAAGCCACCGGCCCAAGCACCGAAUGGGACAAAGCUGAGCAGCUCACUACCUGUAGCAGCUACCCCUCCUCAGAGGAUGAGGACAAACCCACCACUGACCCUGUCUUCCAAGUGGUCUAUAAGAGUCAGGCCAAGGAAAGCCCAAGCGAAGAAUUUAGUGCUGAAGAGACCAAGGAAACUUUUGUGAAAAGUCAAACUGAAAAAAAUGACUAUGACUCCCCAAAAUACUUCUUGUCUCCAGCUGCUGCUCACAGACCCAGGAGUCAGAAAUGUGUGGCCUAUAAGUUCCGAUUGGUGGUCAAAGCUGAUGGGACCCAGGAGACCAACAAUGGUUGUCGCAAAGUGAAAAUCAUGCCCUGCUCUUCUCCAGCUUCCAAGGAUCCUUCAACAAAAGGCCUUGAUCCAAACCUUAGCCAUCAAAUGACCAAACGAAAGAGAAUGGUCCUUGUCAAAGAGAGAAAAGCAGCCCAGACCUUGAGUGCCAUUCUCCUGGCCUUCAUCAUCACAUGGACCCCUUAUAACAUCAUGGUCCUGGUUUCCACCUUCUGUGACAAGUGUGUUCCAGUCUCCCUGUGGCACUUAGGCUACUGGUUGUGCUAUGUCAAUAGCACUAUCAACCCCAUUUGCUAUGCCCUCUGCAACAGAACCUUCAGGAAGACCUUUAAAAUGUUGCUUCUCUGCCAAUGGAAAAAGAAAAAAGUGGAAGAGAAGUUAUACUGGCAGGGGAACAGCAAGCUCCCCUGAAAAGUUAAUAACUUCCCUCAAAAGAAUGACCAUGUCAACUUCCACUGAGAAUGGGCAAGCUGACUCUGGUUUAUUUUCAAAAAAACAAACA